GAAAUGUUUGGAAUAGCCCCUCUGCUACCUGGUUCUACUUCUACCAGUACAGCCAGAAUUCCUCCGCAGCUCCCCUGCUUCACUCUCAAGACCGAGAAAUGGAGCACCUGCAGAUUGGUUGAUUUGGACAAUGAUUUGGUGACUGCUAUUAAUUAUGGUCAUUUGAGGAAAACCCGGAUAUCAAACAACUCUUUUAUCACUCGGUAUUCUUCUGCUUCUACAAUGGCUUCGGGUCUGUAUGACCAAUCGAAGAGGGUUUGGAUAUGGACGAAAAGCAAGCAAGUGAUGACUGCUGCCGUGGAGAGGGGAUGGAACACUUUCCUUUUCUCAUCAAAAAAUCGACAACUUGCCGAUGAGUGGUCAUCAAUGGCCUUGAUAGAACCUCUUUUCAUUGAAGAGGCAGAUCUUCUUGAUAGUGAACACAAAAGGGUUGCCACAAUUUUGGCAGUUUCAACGCCACAAGAAUUGGAAAAGCUUCAACCAGAAAACUGGAUGGCUGAGAAUGUUCUCGUCGAUCUACUUGAUUGGCAGAUAAUACCAGCAGAGAAUAUUGUUGCUGCGUUUCAAGGCAGUCAAAAGACAGUUUUUGCUGUUUCUGAAAGACCAUCUGAGGCACAGAUCUUCCUGGAGGCUUUGCAGCAUGGUUUGGGUGGAGUUGUUUUAAAAGUUGAGGAUAUGGAGGCUGUUGUUGAGCUAAAGGACUAUUUUGACAGAAGAAAUGAAGAGAGCAAUGUCAUGAGCUUGGCCGAAGCCACUGUAACUCGGAUUGAAGUCGCCAGAAUGGGAGAUCGUGUUUGCGUGGAUCUUUGUAGUCUCAUGAGACCUGGUGAAGGACUUCUGGUUGGUUCCUUUGCAAGAGGGCUUUUCCUUGUUCACUCAGAAUGCUUAGAGUCAAAUUAUAUUGCUAGCAGGCCUUUUCGUGUUAAUGCGGGUCCAGUGCAUACAUAUGUUGCUAUUCCUGGAGGUAAGACUAGCUACCUUUCAGAGCUAAGAGCUGGCAAAGAAGUGAUUGUUGUUGACCAGAAGGGUCGUCAGCGAACAGCAAUUGUCGGCCGAGUAAAGAUAGAGACUAGAUCACUGGUUCUUGUGGAGGCAAAGGGAAAUUCCGACGAUCAAACUGUUUACAGUAUCUUUUUACAGAAUGCAGAAACUGUUGGCUUAGUAUGUCCUUGUGAAGAAAACAAACCACAAAAAACAGCAGUUCCUGUGACCUCACUGAAAGUAGGAGAUAAAGUUUUGUUGAGAGUGCAAGGAGGGGCAAGACACACCGGAAUAGAAAUUCAAGAGUUUAUUGUGGAAAAUUGAACCAACAAGAUUACAUAUGCAACAAGAAAUUCAAUCUGGCCUGUUGGUGCCUCUUUUGUUUAGUAGCUAAUGAAUAUUAUUUCAUAUCAUAAGGAAUGUUUGAUUAUAUUACGAUCU